UCCCGCAGGCAGCAGCCAGUGAGAGUAGUUUAGAACCGUAUGAGGAAAAUCUGGGCUCCGUACAGUAGACGCUCACAUACAGUGACACUGGUACAUUUGUCAGUGGAGGAUGGGCCGUUCACACCUCACAUAUGGACGAAGGAAAACAAAGAUUCGAGCAGGAAACCUUCCGUUUUCCCGCCGCGGAUAAGCAGCUGUUGCUGGAAACAAAGCCGUUCUGACCAAACACAGAUUUCACUUUUUUUUUCUUCUGAGGCUUCAUUUGUGGAGGUGGUGGCAUCACCGGCCGUCGCGCUGUUGCCAAUAUAUAUAUAUAUAUUUUUAAAAAAAAAAAAAGCUAAAACAGGGUUUUUCUCGGGCACAUCAGCAGUUAUGUGUCUUUCUCUACACCGACGACCAUGAAGAUUUUUGGAGGUGAGAUGCUCCAUUUUCCGGACUGAGCUUCUGUACUUGAGCUGCUCCUGAGCUCUAGCAUGGGAGAAUGAAGCAGGGUCUUGCUACCAUGAAGAUGGUGCUGUGUGGCCUUGGGGAGAUGGUAUCCGCAUGUCUGCCAUCAGAUUUUAUGUGAACUCUCCUGCAAUGAUGCCUGCUCACCCUGGAGAAGCAUGGUUCUCUCCACUACUGUUCCCCUCCUGGAUACAGGGGACAUUAACAGCCGUUUCUGCUGCGUCGUUACGAGGUUGCUGAACCUUUCUGAGAGGCUACCAAUGGAAGACCUCUCUGUGGCAAACAUUUCCCUGGGCUCCGGGUCUCCCUCGGAGCCGGUCACCCCAACAGCAAAUGCUCUGGAAAUCCAGCAAGGCAUUGGCCUACCUCUGCAGAUCUUCUUCUGCUUUGUCAUGGCAGCCAUCCUUUUAGUGGCGCUGUCAGGAAACAUAGUGGUGUGCCUGAUGGUGUACCAGAGAUCUGCCAUGCGUUCAGCCAUCAACAUUCUGCUGGCUAGUCUGGCAUUUGCGGACAUGAUGCUGGCCAUCUUGAACAUGCCCUUUGCUCUGGUUACUGUGGUGACCACCAACUGGAUUUUUGGAGAUGUUUUCUGUCGCGUUUCCGCCAUGCUCUUUUGGUUUUUUGUUAUGGAAGGAGCAGCUGUACUGCUUAUAAUAAGCAUUGAUCGUUUUCUUAUUAUUGUCCAGAAGCAAGAUAAGCUGAGCCCACAGAGAGCCAAGCUGCUCAUAGUGGUCACAUGGGGACUCUCGUUCAUUUUCACUUUCCCUCUAGCUGUUGGCUCACCUCCCUUACAGAUCCCACCCAGAGCUCCUCAGUGUAUAUUUGGCUACAGCAGUGAUCCUGGUUACCACGCCUAUGUGUUGAUAUUAACACUAGUUUUUUUCUUCUUGCCUUUCACAGUCAUGCUAUACACAUUCAUGGGCAUCCUCAACACCAUCCGCCACAAUGCCAUUCGCAUCCGUAGCCACACAGACAGCGUCUGUCUGAGCCAGGCCAGCAAACUGGGCCUCCUCAGCCUUCAGAAGCCCUUCAAGAUGAACAUAGACAUGAGCUUCAAGACCCGUGCCUUCACCACCAUCCUCAUCCUCUUCUCCGUGUUUACAGCGUGCUGGGCACCCUUCACUGCCUUCAGCUUGGUAACUACCUUCAGUGACAGGUUCUACCGCAAAGACAGCUUUUUUCAAAUCAGCACAUGGGUCUUGUGGUUGUGCUACCUCAAGUCAGCCCUCAACCCUCUUAUUUACUACUGGCGGAUCAAGAAGUUCCGCGACGCCUGCCUCGAUCUGAUGCCCAAAUAUUUCAAGUUUCUUCCUCAGCUGCCAGGCAACACAAAGAGGCGCAUACAGCCGAGCGCUGUGUAUAUAUGUGGAGAGCAUCGCUCUGUGGUAUAAGGCAUAACUCCUCUCUGAAACACUGUUAAAAUGCAUCUUAUCUCACUAGGGUUUUCUCAUGGUUUACUUCUCUUAGCAGGCUAUAAGACUGAGGUUAGCACUGCAUUAAAAAUAUAAGGGGGCUGAGGUGGAAUGGGUUAUUGCUACAGUAGCCAGACUGAAGAUCCAAUCCGGGAGGUACACGGUGAGUCCAACAUGCCAGAGAUUUAAAGGUUGUCAGGUGAGAAAUCGCAAAAUUUCCAAUAUAAGACCUGACUGUCAGUACUGAAACUGUACUUUAUAAGUUUUAUUUUUAAAACAUCAUAUGUGAAUGUGAGGAUUCUUCAUCAACAAAGAUUUGGUUGAGCUUUAGUUUCCACAAGAAGUAGCAACAGUCAGUCAUGAACAGACAGAAUAGCAUUUGCAUUUAGUGGUUAGAAGUUACGCAUGUUGGGCAGGAAAUUCAGAGUGAGGUGAUCCUUUUGAAAGGCAAAAAGGUCAUUUGUGCACCAUGGCUUAAGUCAGGGGUGUCCAACUCGGCUGGUGUCCUGCAGGUUUUAGAUGUGUCCUUGA